AUGCAUGCAAUGCUUGAUGUUGUUGAAAAAUUCACCUCUCUCGAGAGUUUAAACGUAAAUUUUGAUGAGUUAGGUUUGGUAUCGUUUGUUGAGAAUUUAAAGGAAAACACAUUAAAAGAAAUUGGUGUUCCUGAGUCAUUAGAUUCAUUUAAAACCAUUUAUCCAGCGUUGUUACAUCACAGGGAUUCAAUAAAAGUUAUUUUUGAGAACCAAGAUUAUUUUCAUGCAAAUUUUGUUGAGUGGAAAAUUGCUACUGAACCUAAUUUUGAUGUUGAUUUGGAUCUUGAUUUGAAUCUUGAUGAAUUUCCAAAAUUAGAGUAUGUUGUCAGGAAUGGAAACAUCAUAUUUGUAGAUAGGAAUGAACCAUAUCCUGAAUUUGUCUCUGUUGAAUAUCAUCAUCCAAGGAAAGGUUAUUUUGAAUCUCAUCCAGGGUGGGAAUUUUUCUGA